AACGAAAUCUGAAUACUGCUGAUUAGCGAACGGUAAACAAGCCGACCCCGCGCAGCGUACCACGCCUAAUGAGGCAGUAAACGUUUACAUAAUCCGGGUGACUUCGGGUCUAACAUCAUGUUGGUGCUGUAAACGUUUCCAUGUUUUUCGGAGGUUCCUAUUAUAUGAAUACGACUGAUAACCACGAUUAAAGAUAGUACUAUCUUUAAUCGUGCUGUUAACGUAUAAAACGAAUUGUAAUUUGUAGUUGUUACUAAACGAGUUCAACAUUUAAAUUUGAAGGUAUAUUUUUACAUAAUCUGUGGUGUAGCCCUUGUAAGUAACGUAUACUCGGUUUUUUGUGGUUUUUAUGGUACCUACAUACUCGCGUGCUCCUGUGUUGGUGUUAUUAUACAAAACAUUCCCAUUAUUAGGAUUUUAGUCAUCAAUCAUCAUGGAUGGUCGUAAAAGACUGAGUGGUGCAGCUUACAGAAAAGCAAAACAUUUAAAACAAGCAAAAAACAAGGCUGUUCUUGAUAAAUGUAGAAAUAUUGCAGAUUUGUUUAAAGCCAAAUCUCAAAAUAACCAGAUUAACCCAUCAGAAGUCUUGAUGCCAAUUGUAUCGAUAAACACCGAGGAAAAUACUAUCUAUAACCAACAAACAUCAGCAGAAGUUUCUUCUUUGUGUACAAACCCAUCAGAAGAUAACUCUGUUCAAUUGGCAGAUGAUGGAGCACCUUAUGAAGACAAGAAUAAUUAUAUUCCUGGACCUGAUCCUGCAUUUUGGAUAAUCAAUGACCAUACCAGAGACUACAUAUCUAUUAAUGGAUAUUCACAAGAUAUAAACAGUCUAAAUAUCACAAAUUCUAAGAGGUCAUAUAAAAAAUUGUAUCGAGGAGUUUCUAACACAUACUACAGAUAUUUUAGUACAAGUUAUCUGCAGACUACUCUGAAAAAUGGUGAAAAAAUAAAGCGUCUCUAUCUGGCGUACUCUGAAAGUAAAGGGGCACUUUUUUGCGUUCCAUGUUUGAUGUUCGGAGGAAUAUCUGCGUUUGCUUCAAAAGGUUUUUCAAAUUGGAAAAAAGCAGAACAACGCAUUGAAGAGCAUCAUAACUCACCAAAGCAUCGAUCAAAUAUGUUACUUAUGAACGACCGCGGAAAGAAUAAAAAUGUUAUUAAUCAACAAUUGAUUCAACAGAUUGAAAAUGAGAGAACAUAUUGGAUAAAUGUUUUGAAAAGAGUCGUAGCCGUAGUAAAAUCACUAUCAUGUAGGGGAUUACCAUUUCGUGGUCAUGACUCUAACAUAGGUAGUCCCCAUAAUGGCAAUUUUUUGAUGGGACUUGAACUAAUUUCCGAAUUCGAUCCAUUUCUCUCGGAGCAUUUAAAAACAUAUGGUGGUUCAGGAAAGGGAAAAGUUUCAUACGUCUCAUAUCAUACAUAUGAACAGUUUAUUAUUAUUAUGGCAAACAAGGUAAAAAACAUAAUUAUACAAGAAAUUAAGAAUGCAAAAUACUUCUCUAUCAGUGUAGAUUCAACUCCAGACAUUAGUCAUAUGGAUCAAAUGUCAUUAAUUAUACGAUAUGUCGAUGAAAAUAGAAAACCAGUGGAACGAUUUUUAUGCUUCUUAGAUAAUGUUGGCCAUAAAGCUGAACAAAUGGCUGGAGUGGUUCUUUCAACAAUUGAAAGUUUUAAUUUGAACAUUUGUAACUUAAGGGGACAAUCUUACGAUAAUGCCAGCAAUAUGUCUGGUAUUUAUUCUGGUCUGCAAGCCAAGAUUAAAGCUGUUAGUCCACUUGCACAAUUUGUCCCCUGUUCAGCUCACUCUCUAAACUUAGUAGGCAUAAAUGCUGCUAGUUCUUGUAAAAAU